CUUGGACUCUGAUGACAAGAGCCCGUGCCACCUACCCGAGGCUCCUGGUCCCUGUCGAGGACUCCUGACGCGAUACUUCUUCGACAGCAUGAGUCAGCAGUGCAAGCAUUUAUUUUACGGCGGCUGCUUUGGCAAUGCCAACAACUUCAGAAGCAUGGCGGACUGCCAGGCCAAAUGUCAGAACCCAGCAGAACCCACUGAGCCACCAGAAGGCCACAUAAUGUCUGCGAGAAGAUCUGACAUUGUGCAGCCGACCAGGAUAACUGGGGAAUCAACUGUAGCUGAACCUCAGGUGCAAGCAAAUGUCACUAAUCCAGAGCCGAAAGAAGUGAAGCCUACAGACCUGUGCCUUAGUCCGGUGGAAAGGGGAACAUGUGAUGGGGCGGAGAAGAGGUUUGCCUUCAACUCUAAGACCAAUAGAUGCCACGCAUUCCACUACAGCGGCUGCGAGGGGAACGAGAACAACUUCCAGUCCCGGAAAGACUGUAUCAUCAAGUGCAUUAAACGCAGAAAGGCUCAUGGGAGGGGGACGAUUCGGAUAAGGAAGAAAAACCUGAACAGCAUCGUGAAUCGCUCAGUCUGAACACUUGGCUCUGAAUUAGAUCCUGCAACACUGUGGAGCCACCUGUAUUUAUGUCCAUUAUGUUAAGUCUAGCUUUACUCAUAUCUAUUGUUUUCUAUGGGUGCAGUACUUGUAUAAAAGUCAUGUAUUGUACCGAAUUCCCUCGUCGAGUUUGAAUGCAAUUAUAAUCUUUAUUUACUUUGUUUUAAUCUUGACAAGGACACAUUUGUCUUGCUGAUCUCAACACUGAUGCUGUGUGUAUCAAUGCUUGUUUUUAAACGUUAUAUUGUGUCAUUUUGAUUUUAAAAUUUCAGGGCUCUACAAUACGGAAAUCCUAGUAGGAAAAACAAUUCUGGAGAUAAAUGUUUAAGUCUGAUCUAGAUUGUUGUCUCAACUGUGUCUGUGACAUUAGAACAGGUGGCGGAAAAAAAGUGAAGUGAAGUGCAUUCAUGUUUUCUGAGUUUCAACUUCCCCAUGCACUAUUUAACGCAACGAAUAUACAGUCCUAUUUAAAUUUUAUAUUGCAAAAUGUUUUUGCCUGUCAAUGUUUUUCUCCUUUCUUCUGUCACAAACGCAGAAGGAAAAUCUGUUUAAUUAAGACUUAGAGAGUUGAUGACCAAUUUGUUUUGCCUCUCCGGUCUUCCAUGCUGUUAUAAUCAUACUGAUAUCUUUUUUUGUGGGAAACGCCAAAGUUUAAGCAUUAUUCUCGUUCAAUAACAUGAAUGCUUAUUCUGCUUACAUUAUGUAUUGUGUGUGCAUAGUGCGUGAUGUUUGUGUUCAAGGGUAUUGCUAUUGUUAAUCAAUUUGAACAGCAGCAUUAGCAGAUUAAACUGCUGGCUAUCCGUAUUCUAGGAUCAACCACAACAGGAUAUGGAAUGAUGUCAGGCACACAGAUUCAUCAAGAUGUCCUCACAGCUAUAAAUCGUUGUGAACAAGGCAAUGACUGCUUUAUUUUGGUCGGAAUUAACAUGAACUCUUUUUUCUUUUUAAUCAAUAUUAUGCAGUUUUGUAAAUCACUGUGGCUCUCCUGCUGGUGUUGUUGGUAAGAAAAAACAGAAGGGGGCGGUGUUGUGUAAAGUACGUUUUCAAAGAG